CUCCAAUUUCUUUCAGGAUUUUUAAUAACGUUUACAGUUACUUGAAUUAGGUUCCUUUUUGAUUUAAUUAUACAUCUAUGGUAAGUUAAAGUCUGUGAUUUAUUCAGGAAUAAACAUAAAAUUAUUUUCGAUGUUUUGAAUUAAUAAAACUAUUGCGAAAUAUAAGCUGGUGUUUUAUUAUUCAAUUAUGUAAAUGUUGAAACAUUAGAACCUGAAGAAAUGUUUGAUCCUUAAUUAAUAACAGAUUACCUAAGGUUGUGCUAUUAAGUUCAGACUGAAGUCUUCUGAAGAAUAUUUUUCGCUAAUUAUGUAAUUUGCUUUUUAGAUAUUCAAUUGAUAUGACUCCGGACUUUUGUAUGCAAGUAAAGGAAGAAAUUACAAUUGAUGAAGAAGACUUUUAUGGGCUGGUAAAAAUUGAAGACGACGCCAGUGGUGAUCUAAGUAGCAGUGAAACUACAUAUGAACAAGCUGUGAAUGCUGCUGAAAUAAAUCAACGUCACUGUAACAUUUGCUCGAUAAGUUUUAUAAAUAACUCAAAGUUAAGUAUUCAUUUAAAUGAGUGUCAUGCAGAAGAUGAGCUUUUCCAAUGCAUUAUUUGCGGUUUUAAGUUUAAGGAAAAAUGGUACCUAACUAAGCAUAUGAGUGUUCAUACUGAAGCAAAUCAAUACCCGUGCAAUAUUUGUGAGCAAACAUUUCCUACAAAAGGACAAUUAGAUUCUCAUUUGAUAACUCAUUCAGACAAACGCCCUUUUAAAUGCACUUUUUGCAAUUUGGAUUUUAAAAGAAAAAAUGACUUAAAUGCUCACCGAAACAAACAUACAAAAGAAAAGCAGUACAGCUGUAAAAUUUGUAAUAAAAAGUUUUUAUAUCCAAACAGUAUACAAAAGCAUUUGAGCUCUCACUCAGACGAACGGCCAUUUCAAUGCGACUAUUGCAAUUCAACAUUUAAGACAAAAGGCCACUUAAACGUUCAUCGAAAUAAGCAUACGGAAGAAAAAGAGUACAAGUGUAACAUUUGUAAUAAAAUUUUCUAUGAUGCGGGAAAAUUGAGCACACAUUUGGUUAUCCAUUCAGACAAACGGCCUUUUCAAUGUGAGAUUUGCAAUGUAUUUUUCAAGAGAAAAAGUAGUUUAGAUGUUCACCGUAAUAAACAUACAAAAAAAAACAGUACCGAUGUAAAAUUUGUAAUAAAACCUAUUUAUAUCUAUCGAAUUUAAAUUAUCAUUUGAACUCUCACUCAGGUCAACGCUGUUUUCAAUGCGAGCAUUGCAACUCAAAAUUUAGCUCCAAGUCGAGCUUAAAACGGCAUCAAAAUAAGCUUACGAAGGAAAAAAACUAGAAAUGUAAAAUAUGUAAUAAAAGUUUUUAUGUUGCGGAUAAGUUGCGUACACAUUUGGUAGGUAUCGCAUUCGAACACUUACUAAAUAUUCAAAUAUAAUUACGACAAGCAGACUGUAAAAUUGGUCUUAACCAUCAUAUGUUGUAUUUAUGUAGUUUUCCUGAUCAUUAGAACUGGAUUCCUGAUUUUGAGCGGUAACUUCUUCCAAAUCUAUAAGAAUAUAAUUAUUUGUAAACAAGUUGCUCAUGUUGCAACAGCUGUAGGUACCACAGAGUAAGCAUGCUCGUGCCGGACAUUUUGAACAACAAAUAAGCCUCUAUUCUUUUCCCUGUUUAUGAGUCCAUUGUUUAGCUUUUGCACCAGCAGAGAAGACAAACAUACAAAAGAAAAACAGUAUAGCUAUAAGAUUUUUAAUAAAAGAUUUUUAUAUCCAUAUAAUUGAAAAGAGAUACGCAAUUUAUAUAAAAAUCCCCAAAUAAGACUUCGAGUGAUAAAAGCGUUUGUAUUCCACUUAGAUUCCAGUUACUAUAUAUUCAAAUGUGAUUACGACAUACAGACUGUAAAAUGUCCAUCAAUAAACACUCAUUUAUUUUA